GUCGUUUUUCUCGAAAGCUCAAAGUGAAAGACACGGUCGACGCUUGGAAGAAGCAAAGUGCGAGAGAUUUGCGGCAUUUAGAGGCAGUAAAGCUAGAUAAUUCUAAGUUAUUCAUUGCGGAUCGAAGAAAAUCCCCAGUGAAGUGCGUUUCGUUUGUAAUCGAAGCGAAAAAGGUGGAAUUUAUUCCUCGAAAGUCUCGUGAGUCGUGUGAGUGUGGCCCUGCGAGCAAAGGUCUGCCACGGCGGUAGAGUGGUGUGUUCGGGUGGUGAGUUUGUCGUGUGUCGUUGCUAGCGCCCCCUCGAGCAACACGCAAAAAGACACGGGAGAAGAGAAAGGUCGCCGAGAAGUGUUUGGGCGCACGCAUUACACAACCGACCGAAAUCGUGGUGGAGUAGUAGCCCUUGAGCAAAAGCCCGCUCGAUCAGAAAUCACAACACAGCAGCCUACGUCAUCAACAGCGCGACCGAAUCAAAAUCCGCCGAACGGAGGGGUCAUGUACAUCAAUAACACCGAUGCGCUGAAGGUAUGGCUGACGGAGGUGCUGGAACCGCUGUGCGAUGCGGAUCCGGCGGCGUUGGCCCGCUACGUGCUGGCGCUGCUGAAGAAGGACAAACCGGAGAAGGACCUGAUCGUGUCGAUGAAGGAGCAGCUGGACGUGUUCCUGUCCGAGGAAACGCAACCCUUCCUGGAGCAGCUGUUUAAGGUAAUCAAAAGCGAAGAAUACCUAAAAGCGGCGCCUCCGGCACCCGUCCUUCCCGCCACCAACGGUACCUCCGCUGCAGCGUUGGCCUCAUCGACGACGACGACGACGAGCGCCUCGGCCAGCGUGACGGACGAGCACGUGAGCAGCAGUUCCCGGAGCAGGGGGAAACGGGAAUUUACGCCUCCGCUGCAGGACAGCAGCUCGCGGCUGCAGUCCAAAGAGAGUGCCGGAGCCAGUGCUUCCUCAUCCGCCUCCUCGUCCAUUGCGCAGUCGGAGCGAUCGUCGGAUCAGGGAAAGGAUCAUCAUCACCAUUACCACCACCAUCACAGUUCUUCGGCGGCGGGUGGCAAUGGAAGGGAUGCAGCUUCUUCCGGGGGUGGCUCGAGUAGCAACGCCAACAACUCCUCUUCCUCUGUUGCCAGCCACAGCCAGCAGUCGGUAAGCAGCAGUAGUACCAGCAGUACCAGUGUCAGCCACAAACCCUCCCAGCAUUCGCCCAUCAAAGGCUCCAGCAAAGAGGAUCAUGGCAAAGAAAGCAGUACUAGUCGUCGCAGCCGUCGGAUGCAGAAUCGUUCCCGUAGCCGAUCCCGGUCGCGAUCGCGUUCCUUCGAACGGUCUCGAGACGCAAGACGAUCGCGGUCUCGCGAGAGGACGCGUGGCGGUGAGGGUCGUGAAAAGUCGGGUCGCUCGUCUUAUCGCAACAAGUCUCCGGUCCGUGGGAGUGGUGAAUCGUUCCGGCGCUACGAUCGAAAAGCUGGCCACGGUGCCAAUUCGUACGACCGUCGUACGGCAACUGGUCCAGGCAGUGGCAACGGCAACAGUAAUAGUGGUGGUAACGGCACCAGUGCUAGUAACGCAGGAAGCAACGCCGGUAAUAACAGUUCCAUGGGUGGAGGCGCCAGUGGCCACAUGGGAGCGAGCGCUAGCAACUCCAGCACUCGAGCCCAGAGGAUUCGCUCGCAUUCGCGCAGCCGUUCAACGUCACCGAACGCCGAUCGGCGAAAAAUGGCACGAUCGAUGACACCGAACCGUGCGUCUGGAACAAUUUCCGAACGAAGCACUGGAGCCACGACGACGAUUUCGGCCGGUAGUGCUACGGGUGCGGCUAGCAACGCGGCGGCAGCUGCCGGAGUCGGUAUUGCUAGUGCAGGAGCAGCCGCAGCAGCAGCAGCAGCAGCAGCAGCAGCAGCAGCAGCAACUGUGAUGCCUACGGUUGUACCUCUUGUUCCUGGUUUGGUAGGCGUGGGAUCUGUCGGGCCAGUGCCUCCACCUAGCGUGGGGCUGCUCGAUAUUCCGCUCAAUCCUGUUGUUCCGGCCAGUGUUAUCGAGGCGGCAGGAGGUGUAGUCACGGGGGCACCACUCGCGAAACGUCAACGGUGCAGGGACUUCGACGAGAAAGGGUACUGCAUACGCGGUGAAACCUGUCCCUGGGAUCACGGUGUCGAUCCGCUCGUUCUGGAUGGCAUCACCAAUCCGGCCCUGAUGGCACAGAUGCGCACUACGGUGCCUGAGUACAACCCGGACGCACCGGCCUUGUGGAACAAAAUGUCGAACGUGCCACCUCCACCACCUGGCCACGUAGGAGGACGGCCCAACAUAGGACAGCGACUGGGCAAUGCCAUCGCGAUUGGCGGUGGUAUUGGAUUUGGACCGCGUGGAGUCGUCGGGCCGGGUGGCAUGGGAGUAAACUUCCGCGGAGUAGCUCCAUUCCCAGGGGCUGGCGGUGGGUUUGCUGGUAAUCCGAUCGGUGCUACGCCGCUGCAACGUGAAUUGAUUUCUGUGCCAGUGGUGGAUGCCAGCAAGGGAGGCGACGUUUCGGCGCAGCAUGCUGGCCGACGCUUCGAGCCAGAGGAUGCGGUCGCGAUUGCCGAUGGACCGCUGAAGCGGAAGAUGUCGAUGAACAAUCGUUUGGGGCCGCGCGUGUCUGGCCACGGUCCAGGGCCGAUGAUGAUGAACCCGCAGAUGAACUGUUCGCUGGAGCUGCGCAAGAUACCGCGCGGGCUGAACGAAAUCGCGCACCUAAACGAUCACUUCUCCAAGUUCGGCAAGAUCAUUAACAUCCAGAUUCGGUACGACGGUGAUCCCGAGGCGGCCAUCGUCACCUUCUCGACCCAUGCCGAAGCAAACGUGGCGUAUCGGAGUACCGAAGCCGUGUUGAACAAUCGUUUCAUCAAAGUGUUCUGGCACACGGCGACGGCCGCGUCAGGCGACCAGCCGGCCAUUACGCCGUCCGCCAAGACCGAACACUCGCUGCGACGCUCGUACCCGAACCAGUACAGCAUCAACAAUAACCUGAACCCGUCCGGUGCGGCCAGCGGUGGCGGUAACACACAAUCGGCACUAAACGCAGGUGCGGCAAAAGGCGGGGUGGCUGCCGGAAGCGAUACGAAGUCCGCAGGCGGUGAUUCGCAGGGCGCUAAUGGCGGCGGUGCUGCUACAACAACGGCAACAAAUGGCAAUGAAAAUGUGGCCCCAUCUGUGGCAGCCGGUGGGCAGGCAAUGGCAGGAAAACAUGGCGGCGUGGCGGGCAAGUUUAUGCCAGCGAACAACAACAAGCUGAACCGGGCUGCGAAUGAGAUGUUGCGCAAGAAGCAGGAGCAGCUGAAUCAGGGCAUCCACAAGCGGAAGUACGAUCUGCUGGAAGCGUAUCUGAAGGAGCAGCGUAAGCUGCUGGACAUGAUGGUCACGUCAGAGGCCGGUGAUCCCAAGCGACCGCAGCUAAAGGCCUCCCUGAACGAACUGCAGACAAAGAUCAACGCGCUGCAGAAGGAGAUCGAGCAGGAGCAGCAGAGGCUGGCAGCACGGCUGAUGAAGGCUGGUGGCCCCGGUGGUGCCGGUGGACCGGGUGGUGUUGGUGGUGGUCAAACUGGUCUGGCGGGUGGUAAACACAAGACGAAGGAACAGCAUGAGAAGGAGCUGCUCGAUGCGGAGCUAGAAAUGAUCGCCCAAGAACAGCGAACGGCCGUGGCUGGUAGUGGUGGUGGUCCUGUAGCCGGAGCUAUUGCUCCCAUCAGCCAUAAACCGGUGCAACAUCACCAGUACGGUGCUCGGAAGGGUGCUGGCGGUCGCUUUGUUCCUCCCGGUUCGACCAGCGUAGAUCGGCGCCCGACAACGAUGACGGUUACUGGAUUCGUCGCGGACGAUGCCGAUGCGCUGCUCGGGCACUUCAAGCAUUUCGGAGAGAUCACCAAGCACCAGCUCGACCAAUCGGUGCCAUCGUUGACGAUCAGCUACAGCACCCGGCAGGUAGCGGAGAAGGCACUCGCGCGCGGUAAACUCUUCAAGGAUCAAACUCUGACGAUCGUAUGGGCCACGGUGGCAGUGCCACCAGCGGUAUCUUCAAUCAACCCGAACGCAGGAGGUGGCGGUACGACAGGUGGACCGGCGAUCAGUGGUGGUGAAGCAGUGGGCUUGCCAGGCACCGACACGGAACAGCACGGUAAGGACGGUAAUCCAUUGGUAGGUCAAGAGGAGAAGGCGGCGGCCGCAGCAGCAGAUCAACAGACAGAGGAGACGGACAUGAUGCACGUGACGAAGAUCGGCAACGAGUCGAACAUGGUGGAACGGAUGUCGGGGACGGGUUGUGACGCCGGGCAGUCGCCGACCUACCGGCCGAAUGAGCUGAACUCCUCGUCGAUUGAAACACUGCUUGAGGCGGACGAUCUCAUGGCCGAGAUGCCACUGGUGGAGGAGGAAGAGGAAGAGGAUGACAUGGAACCGGAGCGUUCCUGGCGUCGUUGAAGCAGUUUUUUUUGUCGUUUUCGUUUGCUUUCCUUUUUUUUAAUAAUCCCCCUGGUACAACAGAAAACUCGUGUUUUAGAUAGUUAGCUCUAGUUGUUAGGAGUUGCUUAUGUGUUUUAAUCUAAAAGUCUUAACCAAUUGCUUCUCUUACCAUCUCUCCAUCCUUGGGAGUCCUUGAGAGUCCAUAAACUUGGUUUGGUUCGCAUCGACCCCGCGAUUCGCUUCUCGAUUUUGCCGUGGUGGGCCAAUAGUAACAUUCAUUGAAGAUAAAACUACGGACCAAGUGUUCCGUACUUUGUUAGGUAUGUUUGAUAAAGAGCGUUCAUUCAUUCAGUUGGUUGCGGUAGAUAAACGGAGUUACUAUACGCAAAACCAAUUUCGAUUCUGAAGCCAUCAUAUAUGUGUGUCAAUGUGAAAGGGAGCGCGCGUGUAGUUAGAUAGAAUCGAUGUGGUGUAUGCAGUAGGUCCAUUUUUGUAAACAGGGGCCACUUCGUCGUCCUGGCACUUCGAAGCCCUGUGCCAACAGGCCAACACCUAACACACUAUCACCAUCACUUCUCGUACACCAAAAGCGCUCUAUGGUGAACGGCAAACAAGUGACGAUCUAUUAAGCAAUUGGAAGAUAUAUCCCUAGGGGCAUGGUCAUGCACGACUAGCGAGCGUUCAUUCUUCCUAUCUCUUCAAUAUGGAUUGUUGUUUGUGUGUUUUCAGUCCACCCCAAAAACAUCACCACCAUACGACGUACUGCUUUUGUACACGUGUUCGAUGAUAACGGGGAAGUUAGUGUGCACACCAGCCAGUCAGAUAAUGUGAGGUCAGGAUAAUGUGAGUGAAGCAACGAUUUGCCGACACUAGAAAUUAUGUUAUCAAGAUGCCUGCAAGCAGAACAGCUAGGGGAUGGUGGAGAAACGAGGGAGAAUGUGCAGGCAAAAGUAUAGCGGGAGAAAGGGAGUGGUCAAUAACUGGUUAAACUAUACGUAUACAAGAUUGUACUAGCACGUAAGUCGAAUUUGUAGCGAUGUAAAACUCAAUGCGUGGCCACGUGGUUUGACACGAAGAACGAAGAACAACAGAAAAUAACAAUAGAAGUACCAAAUGAUGAAUGGGAAAAAGAUCACAAAGUUUAAGAAGUGCAAAAAAACAAAUGAAAAAAGAAGCUAAAGAAGAAAACCACACAUUAUUGGCAAAAGGUCGAUCAAGCGAAAAAAAUAUUAUUGAUUAGUAAAAAAAAAAACGAAACUAAUCACGACGCGGUGUGGGAAAACAGUCAAACCAAAAAACAAAAAAAUGAAACGAAACUUUGCGGCG